UUGGAGCUUCAGCCACAUGAUCGCCGGAAAAUAUUGGAUCGUUCAAGGUCUCUCAUUUCCCGCCUUAGCCACACCAUGCCUUCUUCCCCCUUUGAGCACUAGACUCGCCGUCCUUCACAGUGUUAUACCGUUUUGGAAUACGCAUCUGCGAGCUAAUUUUCCCAGGGCCCCUAUCCAACGAGGCAUGGGGCGGUCAGCCCGUGUCAGAGGGCCAGAUGAGGUGGUCAGAGCAGGCUCAUCAAAACCGCCCUGCUGCCCACGCAGCAACCCUUUCCUCUCUGCUUGCAAGGCUUCCUGAUCCUCUCUCAAGUCCCAGCCCCGGCCUUCGUGCCUCGUCGCUCUUUUGUUUAUACUACUAUAACGAUAAUAUCUCCCGCUUCACUCAUUCAGCGGGCUUUUCUUUGAACUAAUAUCUCUCUGUCCUGUC